AUGCGUACGACCAAAGUUUCGCAAAAACUAAAGCUAUUCCCGGAAGAUAAUGAGCAACAAUGGACUCAUAUUAAAGAGGGAGACGUGUAUACGCAGCUAACAAAAGAAGAGGCGAAUAUGGUAAAGGUCAUGGAUAAAGGCCAGUUGUUAAGAAUGACAGCCUACUGCACUGCCUCAGCCUAUCAAAUGAAUAGAUUGUUUGAAUACCUUCAAUCCAAAAGAAAAACAAACGGAGCUACGCCUAAACGAUUUGAUGAAUGCCUCUAUACACAGUUUACCCUCGCUUAUCCUCCAAAGCCACCACAAAAAACAGAGAGAGUAGAACAAGAUACGACAACAUUAAUACCAGAAAUGUUUUUAUUUGAUUAUGGUGUCAUUGUCUUUUGGGGAAUGGAGCUAAAAGAAGAACAAAGGAUACUUAAAUUAUUGGAAUCUUUUGAAGAAGAGAAAUUAGGCCCUGAUGAUGUCGAAACCGAAGAACUUUAUUUUUAUUAUGACAACAAUUCUCAACCACGUAUUUAUAAUGAUAUCAUCACCUUGCGUCAACCAUCCAACUACCUUGUAAAAUUAACCAUAUCUCAUGCAAUUGCUCAAAGCGUCAAAAUGACUUUAUUUGAAAGACUGGUUGAUGAUACAAUAAAUGAAACAAAAUAUAUACCUCAAAUAAUGGCCGAAAGUGGUAAUAUAGACAUGUCACGAGCAGCCAUUACAAAAAAGAUUGGACAACUAUUUAUAAUGAGAAUCAAUGUAAACUUAGUAUCCAACAUUUUGGAUACCCCUGAAAUAUUCUGGUCAGAGCCUACUUUAGAGCCUCUCUACACUGCCAUGCGAAGUUAUUUAGAAAUAUCACAGAGAGUAGAACUUUUAAAUCAACGUGUAGAUGUGAUUAGCGAUCUAUUGGGAAUGCUAAAGGACCAUCUCAAUAGCUCACAUGGAGAGCAGCUAGAAUGGAUUGUGAUUUGGUUGAUUGGCAUUGAAAUAGUUGUGGCUGUCAUUACGACAUGUUUGGAUGCGUUCAGCUUAUCACAAAAAUAA